AUGGCUACUGCAGAGGUCCAACAGCCUGUUCAGGACAAGCCUCCUGAAUCAUCAAUCCCUGACUAUCUCGCCGAUCCAGACGCUGUACUCAAGGACACCCAGUCAAAAUGGCGGUACGGCAGAGCGCCCGACUAUUCCAAGACAAGAAAGGUGUACGCAGAGACUAAACAGGCGAAUCACACGGCUGGCAGCCUCGAGUCCAUGGUUGAGAACCUCGUCAAGAACUGGGAGGUCGAAGCCUCUUUCAAGCCCGAGCUCUCCGAUUGGCGAACCAUCGAUCACGCCAAAUACUCCUUUGCGAUCAAUGGAGGUCCUGGCCAGACAGGCGAACAUAUGCUCAAGGUCGGAACAUACAACGCCAUCAUUGCGCCGAACGAAUACUACAGUCCCAUGUACUCGGACUUUGCAAGCAGCCACAAAACAUUCAAGCGUAUGAUGCCAACCUUCGCAUGGGAGGUCCUUGAAGUCUAUAGCGGUCCUCCCAAGGUCGCCUUCAAGUGGAGACACUGGGGUACCAUGAAGAAUGACUAUGUCGGUUUCAAUGACAAAGGAGAGAAGGUGACAGCCAAGGCUCAUGGAGGAGCUAUCGAUAUCACCGGCAUCACCAUCGCAACCGUAGAUGAUGCAGUAAGGCUGCAAGACGUCAACACAUACUUCGAUCCAUUGGAGAUGUUCCGCCAAAUUGCGCCCAAUGGCAUUGUCAACAGACAGGUUGUU